AGCUCGUCCUCCGGGCGCUACCCCCGCACACGGCGCAGUGUCGAAGAGGAAGCAGGGAUUCCAGAGCCGCACGACACCGUGGCUGAGACCACCCCAGUGUGCUUUACCGCCGAGGUUGACACCGAGCUCACCAGCGUCUCCGCCGACGAAGAACAAGAUCCAACAUCCCGUCAGCGCUCCCCACCGCCGCAGUAUCCCGCCUCAGAGGCCUCGGGCAGUUCAGCCUUCCGGCCACCACCCUCGUUUUCGUCGCUCUUUCCUUAUCACGACCACGAAGCGUCGGCAUCCGUACUCGAGCCGUACGAGCCGUACAAGCAUACCGUCGACGACAGCGGCGCAACUUCUUCGGUCUCCGCUGCAGCACCAGCGUAUGCGCCACCCGACCAGGUAGCACCCGAGUCUUCGAAUCGCGCGUCUGCAGCCCUCAGGCUUCAGGACGAGACCAAGCGCGCGCUCCCACAGGAUACCAAAGGUCCCGCGGGCGAGCCGUCGCGCAGAAGCAAGGACGAGGAAGCAGAGCCGCCACCGGCAUAUUCGGAGGGAUCCAGUCCCCUCCAGUCAUUCACAUACCUCAUGGCUGCCGCAGGAGGCGCGUCGAGUAUUAUUACUCAGGUUCAGCAGGGCGGGCCGUCCCUGAACCCCUUAGGAGAUGUACCCGGCGAUGAGACGAUCGUGAUGGACCUGCGGGGCACGCGCUUUAAGCUGUCCAGAGACGAGCUGUUGACACUACCAGAAUUUGUCCUCCUCUCGCUCUUUCCUAACGGCCUCUUCCCGGAGGGGCAUAUGGGGGGCUUCUCAGAAGGAGAUGCUGUCCAAGUAGAUUACGACCCUGCAUCGUUACAAUACAUGUUGGACUUCUUCCGGAACGUGGCGCAGAGUAUUCCAGCCGAACCCACCCAGGAAGGAGCCGACGGCGUUGUGCCUCUCGACCCCGGGGCGCGGGACGAGAGCAGCAGGCGAGCUGGCAUCAUCGUGCUGCGCGAGGACCUCGAUUUCUACGCCAUCCCACCCAAGCAGGACAUCAACCAACCCGAGAUGAUGGAGGUCAAACGGGCCGCGGCGAAGGCACUGCUCCAGCAGGACGGGAUCUUCAGCGGGCUGAAGAAGAGUGACGAGCCGGGGACAACCGAGGCGCAUCUGAUCGAGAUGCUGACGGCCGGCGGCUUCAACCACGACGACCGCUGGGGCCACCGGGCGGGCGAGCCCAACAAGGCCGUCAUCUGCUCUCUGGCGCUGGCGCGGCUGCGCUCCGACAUCCGGGGCAACGACAUGGGCAGCAGCGCCGUUGGCAUGGCGCAAAAGCUUCUGCUCUUUUGGCGUAAGCCCGCCAGAAGGUGCUGGUGGGAGGGCGUGGAGCUCGACAACGUCGAGGGCCUCCCCGAGGGCACCAAGCUGAAGGUCUGGAUCCGCAGGGUGUGGACGCUGGAGAUGAGCGUCAUUGGCUUGCGUUAGUAGCGCGGGCUAAGCGCUUACUGCUUUCUUGGAUGU